CUGAUUGAUAACGCCGUUCAUUCGGCACAAUAACAUUGAUCUUAUUUAUCGCGUAAAUCUGGAUAAAGGACCUGCGCGCUUUGGAACAUCGGACCGGAAUGCCAACAAGAUUACUCUGGGGCUCCAAGAUCUUGAGGUAAAAUUCUUCCCUCUGCUUCAUCCUCCUACUGGACUUCACUGGACUGAAAGACCUAAUCAGCAGAAGUCUGGUUGAUGACUGUAACGCACUCUGUCCCAAAUUCAUCUGACCCUCCUCCCGUCCUACCCCAGCAUGGCUAGACGGAGGUUAGACUGCUUACUUCAAGGCCAGGUGUUUGCUGGCCUGAUGCUGGUAUCGAUAGGACUAUGCUUCGUCCAGAGCAAUGAGUGCCCCCAGCUGUGUGUAUGCGAGAUCCGGCCCUGGUUUACCCCCCAGUCCACCUACAGAGAGGCCAUCACUGUGGACUGCAAUGACCUUCGCUUAACACGUAUCCCAGGAAACCUCUCCAGUGACACUCAGGUUCUCCUCCUACAAAGCAACUACAUUGCCAGGACCAUGGAUGAGCUGGAGCAGCUCUUUAACCUGACUGAGCUGGACUUGUCCCAGAACAACUUCAGUAGCAUUCGAGAUGUUGGCCUUUCAAAUAUGUCCCAGCUCACCACGCUUCAUCUGGAGGAGAACCAGAUUACGGAAAUGCCAGAUUACUGUUUGCAGGACCUCAGCAACCUGCAGGAGCUCUACAUCAACCACAAUCAGAUCAACACAAUCUCUGCCAAUGCCUUCUCUGGGCUCCACAACCUGCUCAGGCUUCACCUCAACUCCAACAAAAUAAAGACCAUCAGCAGCCAGUGGUUCGAACCCACGCCCAACCUAGAGAUCCUCAUGAUUGGGGAGAACCCUGUUGUUGGAAUAAUGGACUUUAAUUUCAAGCCACUGGGCAAUCUCAGAAGUCUGGUUUUGGCUGGGAUGGAUUUGACAGACGUCCCUGGAAAUGCCUUUGUGGGACUUGACAAUCUUGAGAGCCUAUCUUUCUAUGACAAUAAGCUGGUCCAAGUUCCCCAGAGAGCCCUCCAGAAACUACCUAACCUCAAGUUCUUGGAUUUGAACAAAAACCCAGUGCACAAGAUUCAGGAAGGAGAUUUCAAGAACAUGCUGAGACUGAAGGAGCUGGGUAUAAACAACAUGGGAGAGCUGGUUUCUAUUGACCGAUACGCACUGGACAAUCUUCCUGAGCUCACAAAGCUGGAGGCUACAAACAAUCCCAAGUUCUCUUUCAUUAACCGUCAGGCUUUUCGUGAUGUCCCAGCCUUGGAGAGUCUAAUGCUGAACAACAACGCCCUGAAUGCCCUUUAUCAGUCCACGGUGGACUCUCUCCCCAACUUGCGUGAGAUCAGCAUCCACAGCAAUCCUCUGCGCUGUGACUGCGUCAUUCAGUGGAUGAGCUCCAACAAAACCACCGUCCGUUUCAUGGAGCCUCUGUCCAUGUUUUGUGCCAUGCCAGCAGAAGUAAGGGGUUUGCAUGUGCGGGAGGUGCUGCAGAAUAAUUUAGCAAACCCGUGCCUGCCCCUGAUCUCCCACGAUACUUUCCCAAGCCACCUCAACCUUGACAUCGGCAUGACCUUGGACUUGGACUGCCGAGCCAUGUCCCAGCCUGAGCCUGAAAUCUACUGGGUGACACCAAUGGGGAACAAGGUAAUGAUAGACACCCUAUCUGACAAGUACAGCCUCAGCAAUGAAGGGACUUUGCGAAUUUCUCGUAUCCAAGUAGAAGACUCUGGCAGAUACACCUGUGUGGCUCAAAAUUCAGAGGGAGCUGACACAAGGGUGACAGCUGUACGGGUGAACGGCACUCUGUUAGACAGCACUCAGCUAAUGAAGAUCUACGUCAAACAAACAGAAUCUCACUCCAUUCUUGUCUCCUGGAAAAUAAAUUCCAAUGUAAUGACCUCUAACCUUAAAUGGUCAUCCGCCACCAUGAAAAUAGACAACCCACAUAUUACUUACACUGCCAGGGUACCCGUUGAUGUCCAUGAGUACAACCUUACGCAUUUACAACCAGCAACAGAGUACGAGGUGUGCCUCAGCGUCUCCAACAUCCACCAACAGACACAGAAGUCGUGCGUGAAUGUGACGACGAAGCAGGCGACCUUCGCCGUGGAAAUAUCUGACCAAGGGACCAACACGGCUCUCGCAGCAGUCAUGGGAACGAUGUUUGCAAUCAUCAGUCUGGCCUCUCUGGGAGUGUACAUUGCCAAGAGGUGGAAGAGGAAAAACUAUCACCAUUCUCUGAAAAAGUACAUGCAGAAAACCUCGUCAAUACCGCUAAACGAGUUGUACCCUCCUCUUAUCAACUUGUGGGAGGCAGACAGUGAGAAGGAGAAAGAGGGCUCAUCCGAGACCAAACCCAGUCAGGUGGACACCACACGCAGCUAUUACAUGUGGUGAGAGCUACUACCCAGUGGGAGAUACAGAGACAUGUUUCUUUCAGGAGCACAAAUAUACAUACUUGCUUCUUUAUGUAAUUGAACUCAGUCUUCCAUGUUUCCUGUUUGUUUUUCUUCGGUUCGCUGAGACUUGCUCUUUAAGGCAUUUGACGAACCAAGAUUUUCAGAUCUUUAGUUUAGCAUAUUGCCUUUUUUACCUCUCGCUCAUUUUGACACACAAUAUGGCAUCUGUUUAGCUCCCUGGACUCAGUAGUCACCGUGCUUUAUUUUUUGUACUUGUUUUAAUGAACACAGCAUGAGCAUUGUCACGGAUUCAGUCUACGCAAGCAACGGAAAAGCUGAAAUCCAACCUGUUUUUGACAUGUUUCUAUGGCAGAACUGUU